AUGUCACGACAUUGGCGCCACAAGGUGGAAGUUGCCGUCCUGAGCUUCGUUGGGAUCACCGGGUUCUUGUUCCUCCUUCAAAAUGACAAGAAGGGCCCUGUCUUGAAAGAGGCGAUGGAGACUCCCGUCACCAUCCCACCGAUCAUUACUGGACGACCCAAGCCCAUUGCUGAGUGCCAGAGGAACGUGACGGUGGCCAACAUCUCUGGGUUUGCCGGACUGCCCGACCACAUCAAGGACUUCUUGCGAUAUAAGCAUUGCAAGGAGUUCCCUCUGCUUCUGGAUAUGCCGGAUAAGUGCGGAGGCCCAGACAACUCCUAUGACACUUUCUUGCUCCUCGCCAUCAAAUCAUCGCCGGGGAAUUAUGAACGGCGUGAAAUCAUCCGCAAGACUUGGGGCCAGGAACGGACUUACGCAGGCGUCAAUAUCCGGAGGCUCUUCUUGUCUGGGCAGGUGGCCAAUGCUCGGGAUGCUAAGAAAACUAACCAGCUCUUGAAGAUCGAGGCAGAAGAGAACGGAGACAUCCUCCAGUGGGACUUCCUUGACAGUUUCUUCAACUUGACGCUCAAGCAAGUCCUCUUCCAUUCCUGGAUGGAGGCCCGCUGCCCCGGCGUCCGUUUCGUCUUCAAUGGGGACGACGACGUCUUUGCCAACACAGACAAUAUUAUCCACUACUUGCUGGAUGUCCCAGGUGCAGGAGAUGAACACCUCUUUGUGGGCCAGCUUAUCACCAACGUUGGCCCCAUCCGCGAGAAGUGGAGCAAAUACUACGUGCCAGAGCAAGUGACUGCCUCCAAAUCCUACCCCCCUUAUUGUGCGGGCGGGGGUAUCCUUAUGUCUGGCUACACUUCACGCACCAUCUACAAGGAAUCGCUGGGCAUCGAGCUCUUCCCGAUUGACGAUGUGUACUUGGGGAUGUGUCUCGAGAAAGCAGGGCUCAAACCUUCUUCCCACAUGGGCAUCCGGACAGUGGGUGUGCGGGUGCCUUCCUCCAGGUUGGAGUCCUUUGACCCCUGUUAUUACAAGGAGCUCCUCCUGGUCCAUCGCUUUGUGCCCUACGAGAUGCUGGUGAUGUGGAGAGCCAUCCACCGGCCCAACUUGAUAUGUGGGAAGAGAAUGGAGGUCUAUCAGAGUCUCUGA